GAUUCAGGUUUCUCAGGACCAGUUGAAGGAAAAAACAAGGCCGUCUAGAAACUCGGUUAGUGGAUCUAAUAAAAGCGGAAGGAAAAAAGGUUUGAAUCCCGAUUCUCCUAAACAGUUCGAUGUAACCGCUAAUUCUUUGCCUGGUUGUAGUACCGGUAAUAAUAAUAACAUCGGCUCGACGAGUGUUUUUUCCAAUUUUCUCGCUGCCUCGACAUCGUCUAAAUCGAAAGAUGUUCAGUCUGCCGAGUCAAGUAAUAAUGAUGUCCUGACGAUUCUAAAAUCCAUUCAGGAGACCCAAUCGGCUCAGAAUUCUCGGUUUCAAAGACUAUCGAAUAAAGUUGAUGAUCUUUACUAUGUCAAUGAUGACGAUUAUGAAAAUGAGUUAUUAGGCUAUAAUGAUGAUACAGAUUAUAAUGAAGAUGAUCUAGAAGUUUUGCCUACAAAAAAGCCCAAAUUAUCAACAGACGCAGAACUUAGUAAUUCUGUUUAUGCUCUGGCAGGGGAAAAAUUGAGAGUUAAAGAUUUGUGUGACAAACCUAUUAAUCCAGACUUGGCAUCGUUGGUCGAUAACUGGUUCAGAGACGGUGUAGAGGAGGACAGAUAUAAUGAGUUAAUUAAAUCUAUCUCUCGUCCUAAAAACUGUGAGUCUUUGGUGACUGUUAAAACCAACCAAUUAGUGUGGGAUUUUCUUAGUCAGUCUACACGUACGAUGGACAAACGUAUACAAAACGCACAAACUUCCAUCAUUAAAGGAGCAGUCUCUUUGGCUAAAGUUACAGAAGUCCUUGGUGGUGGACAACCUCUGGAUGUUAACAACGUAUUGGAGCAGGCUAUGGAGUCCCUUGCUUUAUUUGGACAUGCCAAUAAACAGUUGUGUUUGGUGCGUCGAGAUAUGAUGAAACCCGAUAUGAGAGGGGAAUAUUUACAUUUAUGCAGUCAGAAUUUCAAAUAUACAGAUUGUCUAUUUGGAGAUGACAUAUCUAAACAGUUAAGGAUAUCUCUGAUUGCUCUCGUAUUAGUAACAAGAUAGGUGCUUACCUAGGUCGCGGAGGACGUGGAAGGUCUGUCCGUGGUAGAGGAUUUAGAGGUAGAUUUUUUAGAGGCCAUUUUCGUGGUCGUGGUUCUGGAGGUUCCUAUGGAUCAUACAAUUCAGACGCAAAAAACUACCAGAAGAGGGGUCAAGGUCGACCCCACUCCCAACAAGCUCAACAGAAGUAGUUUCUGAGGCAAGUAUGAAUGCCACCUAUUGAACCGUUGUGUUCAGAAGAUACGUCAAGACAAGGCGAGAUGUAUUGUCGUAGCACCGAUAUGGCCAAGUCAACCUUGGUUCACAAGGUUACUCGAGUUGUUAAUAGAUGUUCCAGUGAUUCUUCCAGCUCAAAAGGAUCUUCUUGUUCAAGUGUCCAGCGGACAGCCUCACCCUCUUUGGAAAAAUCUAAGUUUAAUGACUUGUCAUGUAUCCGGAAUCAAUUCGGAAAACGAGGUUUUUCUGAACAGGCAACAACUGUCAUCAUGGCAUCUUGGAAGUCAGGGACCAAGAAACAGUAUCAAGUCUACCAUAAGAGAUGGUUUCAGUACUGUCGUCAAGAACAGAUUAAUCCACUUUGCCCAUCUAUAAAAAUUGUCAUAAAUUUUUUAGCGUCUCUUUUUUCUGCUGGCCUUGGAUAUAGUGCACUCAACACAGCCAGAGGAGCGCUUUCAUCGUUAGGGCUUGUAUUUGAGGGAUUUACAGUGGGCUGUCAUCCUCUGGUUAUAAGAUUUCUAAGAGGAGUAUUUAAUCUUAGACCUACUCAAGCGCGUUAUACAUGCAUUUGGGAUGUUGCUCCUGUCUUAAAAUAUUUGCAGAAGUUAUCACCUGUUGCGGAACUGUCGCUAAAAAAUUUAACAUUGAAAUUGGUGAUGCUGAUCGCUUUAAUCUGUGCUUCAAGAAUACAGUCUCUUCAUUGUUUGAAAUUGUGUAAUAUGUUGAAGAGGAAAUCUUCUUUUGUGUUCGUAUUUACUGACGUAUUGAAAGUUAGUAGGCCAAAUUUUCAUGUGCCCGAGUUUGUUUUGAACUCGUAUCCUCCAGAUAGGAGACUUUGUGUAUAUACGGGUAUGAAACAAUAUUUAGAACGAACUGAGAGGUUACGGGAAAAUAUGAAUGGACGUCUGUUUAUAAGUUAUAUAAAACCUCAUAAUUGCGUUUCGCGGGAUACUAUUGCCAGGUGGCUAAAAUGUGUUAUGUACAGUGCAGGUGUUGAUACUAGUGUUUUUACAGCUCAUAGUGUGCGCUCUGCAGUUGUUUCUAGAGCGAAGUUGGGUAAUGUGCCAAUUAAAGAUAUCAUGUCUAAAGCUGGUUGGACAAAUGUGGGAACUUUCAGAAAAUAUUAUGAUAAACAUGUUAUUAAUAAUGAAGAGUUUUCUAUCUCUGUAUUAAAAGUUUGA